AACAACGUCCAGCUGUAACAAGGAGGCUGCUGACAGGCGGAGAAAAACAUGGCGGCCGGCGGUGCUUGGUUCCUUGUGCUCGGGUCGGUUUUUCUGUGCAAUCUCAUGAAAACACUACUGCCGAGCAUUUCGUCAUUCCUCUCAAAGAUGGUGCAGAAAGAUGCUGAACAGGAGAGCGACAUGAGGGCUGAAAUCCAGGAGAUGAAGAAGGAGCAGUCUUCAAUUAGCAUGAUGGAUGAGUUUGCUAGAUAUGCCAGACUGGAGCGCAAAAUCAACAAGAUGACAGACAAGCUGAAAACACAUGUGAAAUCAAGAACUGCACAACAAGCCAAAAUGAAAUGGGUUGUGAACAUCGUCUUUUAUAUACUGCAGGCUGCCGUGAUGAUCUCCUUGAUAUGGAAGUAUUACUCUGACCCAGUGACAGUGGUCCCUAAUAGAUGGAUCGCCCCUGUGGAGCGGCUUGUGGCCUUCCCAACAGGAGUGGCAGGUGGAGUGGGAAUCACAUGCUGGUUGGUGGUUUGCAACAAAGUAGUUACACUGGGUCUCCAUGCCGUUAGCUAAAAAGCCCAGCUUUGAUUACAAAAGUUAAAUACAGUGGUUUUCUAUGUUAUUGCUGAACAGUUUGUUGAUAAAUGCUAGUGUUGUCCUAUUUUUUUUGUGUCAGCUGCUCAGGUCAGCAUGAAAAAAUGCAGUGCAUUUUUGGCAUUAGCUGUUUAGUAUUGUAACAUCGUAACAUCUUUGGUGAUGUUGAAUUUUGUUGUUUUAUGUUUUGGUAGUUUUGUCUUAAGUUAAUCUUAAGUUAAUUGUGUGUAUUGACUGUGUAUUAUUUUGAAACAGAAUGAUCUGGAAAUGUUGAAAUGCCUUUUUAAUAAAUGACAACAAAAGAAAA